AUGGACGACGAGAAUGCGACUAAGCUCUACAGGGUCCGCAGGACAAUACUAGAAAUGCUAAACGACAGGGGUUAUAAUGUGCUCGAUGAAGAGCUUAGUCAGACGAAGGAAGACUUUAUUGAAAAAGUGGGAGACGAGCCCAAGAAAGAAGACCUCAUGAUGUCGAAAAGAAAGCUAGACAGUAGCGAGCAGAUUCGCGUCUUCUUCCCAGACGCGAAGUCGGACGGGCGCUCUAGCGGAAACUUCAACGUCGGUAUCAAGGAUAUGAAAGAGUACGUAGAAAAGAUGAAGCGGGACAACAUUCAGCGGGCCAUCAUGGUGGUCGCCGAGAAUUUGACACCCUUCGCCAAGGCGUGCCUAGGGGAGAUUGCGACCAAAGGGUACUUCAUCGAAGUGUUCCAGGAAUCAGAGCUGCUGGUUAACAUCAGCCACCACGUGAUCGUACCGAAGCACUACGUCCUCAGCAGCGAGGAGAAGAUGGCGCUUUUAAAACGGUACUGUGUCAAAGAAACGCAGCCCGCUUACUAUGCAUGGAAAGCCGACGUUGUCGAGCUAAGCAGGAGAUCUUCUGGCGCACUUCGUUGA